CCUAUCACUGACAAGGAGAGGACCAUGUCCUCUUCUCUGAUUUUGUUUGGUUGCCUUCCUCAGAUUCAUUCACCGAAGAAAAAAUCCCACGGGAAGUUGAAAAAUCUCCCGAGGCUGUUUGGGUUUUCUCUCUGACUCCUGAGCAUCUUUUAGAAAACUCCUUCUCAGAUCUGGAUGUGAAAUCUCAGAGCUUGGAAGGAAGUGCUGCCACUGAUCAUGGCAAACAAAGACCAUCAACUCCACAACUGCUCCCUGGGGGAAACCUUGAACUGUCUCUACCCGAAUAAUCUGAGUGUCAGCUGCCACUCUCUUCCAAAGAGCUCCACAAACCUAGAAGGCAUCAGGCAGGGAAGUUUUGAAGAAAGCCAGAGCCACAGAUGGGACCUCCCCAAAAGCCUCAGUGGUUCUGUUUGCCAAGCACAGGAGAAGGGGACCCCUGCUGGAAGAAUUCUUAGCAGCUUCCCUCCACAAGACAAUAUGCAACGUCCCAUCAGAAACAGCAGCUGCUUCUUCAAUGUUGACCAGUCCCCAACAUCUGAAGAAGGGAUGAUGUAUCCUAGAACAUACCUCCAGAGAGGUCCUGUUGAGAAGUUAACUCCAGCCUCUGGUCCCAACCUCCAACAUCAUUGGACAAUGGAAGGUCCGGGAGUUGCAGUCCGGAGAAGCCUCUCCGACCUCACCUGUAGCUGCAAGCAACCGAGUCCCACCUUCCACAUAGAAUCAAGUGCCACAUCCCCGGCGGUAUGUUCACACAGUAGUAACUUUGCUUUGGGGGACAGACUGAUGAUUGCAGGACUGAGAUAUGGAGCAGACCCUCGGGAAAACAGCCCAGAUUUGCAAAGCCAUAGGAUGCAGGUUCCAAGUUUGUCAAGAGACCACAACAUUGUACCUGCUAAUGUCUUUCAUCAAGGUUCUACAUCACACAACGUUGCUAUUUUUACAGACUCCACAGCAUAUCAUGCAAAUUUUCUUGCUUCAAGCCCUGCCACUUUCUCCAAUAGGACAAUGCAUGCCCACAGUGGAAUAGGACACGGCAGCUUUUCAAGUGGCACCUGCCCACCUGGAAUGGUGACCAUUCCUAAUGGUAUCCCUCCGCCCUGCAGCAGAAGCCACAUGUCUUCUGCGAAGGAUGAAGGCACCAUUCCUGCCUACUGCCAUUCUUUCCCAAUACCUUCUCUCCAGUUUACCCAGAGACCGGUAUACCCAGUUAAUGAACUGGGCGAAGAACAUGCCAGCCCUGAGGGUUGUUCAUCUUCGCUUGCUACUAAAGUCUCCUCUGUGAAUGGGUCAAGUCUGGAAACGAACCACAUCCUGGGAUGCUGUGGGGCCCAUGGGGAGCGGGUGCUGCCUCCUCAGUCUUAUGGACGAGCAAGCAAGAAUCAGGAGGAAAUGAAGACCGUGUAUGUGGUAUGGAACAGUCACCAAGACCGGGCUCAGACAGUCAUAAAGACCAAAGACACCUGGACCAUGACCUCUAGGAAUGAUCUCACCCAGGAAUUCCAGUCUCCGCUGGACUACAGAGACGCAGAAGUGCAAACAUUCGCAGGGAAGGAAUGCAAAUCCGUGGCAACCAGCCCAUCCGUUCUGGCAGAAGGCCAGCCUCAUGUCUUCCCAGAGGUAAACCUGAAGCCAGAAGCUGAGGGCGAGAAGUCUCCCGUGCAAGACGUCAGGUGGGACGAUGAAGGCAUGACCUGGGAAGUCUAUGGGGCAGCGGUUGAUCCCGAGGUGCUUGGACUGGCCAUCCAGAAGCACCUGGAGAUCCAGAUAGAACAAUUCCAAAUGGAACCUGAGGAGCUCUGCGCAAAGGCCACCGGGAGACAGCCGGCCAAAGAAGAGAAGCGACUCUCCUUUGGCAUGGUAAUGCACUGUCUGAGAAACCCAGCCUGCUGUGCACGGUCCAACAUGGCGGUGGAGUGAACUCCACCCAAAGACCAUUGUUCCCAAACUGCCAACAAAUAUUGAUUCUUCAAGGAGGUCAAGGGUACCCUCACUUGAUGCCCUGGGACCUUCACAGCCCUGUUUGUACAGGACAGGCCUCCAAAGAAAGAGGGGGAAGAAACCAUUGCCACCUCCUUCUCUGCAGCCUCUCUUGAGGCAACCCCCCACCUACUCUGCCUGUUCCUUCUCCGUUCUCUAAAAAAGUGGGGAGAGGUGGGAUGGGGCCCGCUGGUGGCCAGCCUCGUCAUGCUCUCUCGAGAUCCUGAAUGGGCUGAUAUUCCUCCUGCAACACGGGCAGGGAAGGAAAGGCCACAUGACUGUCCUUCUUGGCUUCUCCUAUUUCAAGUUGCUGCACCAUGAGGUCCAUGUCCCCCCCCCCGGGGGUCCCUUUGCCUGGAGGCCCACGGAGGCCCCCUGUUUCUCCUGUGCAACCCAGGAUGUCCCCUUGGAGCAGAGCUGGCCAUCACAGGAAUCUCCUCUCCCCAUCAGAUAUGCUAUGGAGAUGCUUUCUCAAAGGACAGCCUAGGAGCCUUAGGAACCACAGAGAAAGCAAACUCUUCAUUUCACCCUGCAGAGAGGACAAAAAUUUUAUUUGUGGAAUAAUCUUGUUGCAUUUGAUGGGGAAGAGCAUUCCACUUACGCACACUUUUCCUCAGCUUUGUAAGGAUUUUUGCUCCUACCACCUACUGGGGUAGCUUCCUUCAUUUUUGGUUUUCUGGAAAGACUGAAUCACCCUUCUUCCGUCUGGAUUAGUAGUCUGAAUCUUCACAUACUUCUUAUUGUAUCAUGUUUUUUGG